AUCAUUCUUUCUCAGCCCAACUUAUUAUCUUGCAGAGUUGAUGUUGGGCGGGGGGGAGAUAGGCGGAUGCGGUAUUCGGUUUCAGUCUAACUACAGGAUGGCACUGAAUAUGAUCCAGGAUGUCAAGAUAUCUCUGCUGUUUACUCCAGAACCACCUCUCACUCCUGUGUUGAAUCUCACUUGGGAUUUCCAAAACCUUAGCACUUUAGCAGGGGAUACACCAAGACGUUGUUUAGACCUGUCCAAUCUCAGCAGCGGAGAAGAGGAAAUUGCUUUCACCUUCAGCCAGCCCCCAGAAGCACUGGAGAUUGAUAAAAAUAACUUAACAGAAUUCCAGGAUCAGCUCAGAGACUCAAGGAAGCAGUGUGUGCAGUUGUUCCAGCCUGAGGUAUUGUGCAGCACACCAAGUUACCUCCAGCAAAUUAGCGGGAACAUUCGUUGUCCUUCAAUGAACAAGAUAAAUAAAGCAGAGGAUUUCAUGGACUGUGAGAUGAAAUCUCUUGGCAGCCUAAUAGAUGUUUCAGGAGUCCCAGAAGCCUUGGAUAGCUUUUCUGAUGAGCUCUGUUCCAGUAAAAAGGAAGAAACGAAGAUGUCCCUUUCUAGCAUGGCUGCCUUGUUGUCUGGACCACUCCGUGCUCAGGAUAUCAAUAUCAGUGAGCAGGUCUCCAUGAAAAAGAGCUGCCUCUUCCGAUCUCCAUCUCUGCCAGCAAAACUAAGCAGACCUGCAUCAAAGAGGACAGUGAAAGGCUAUGAUGAUGAAACUCCAGCUAAGGUGACAUGGAAGUGCAGCCCAAUCCAAGAAGGGCCAGAAGGGGUUAUGCUUUUGAAGAAAACAGCCUCCCUGUCUGACAUCGAAAUCAUCAGAGCCCUUGAUCAAGACCAUGGCUUCAGGCAGUUAAUUGGUGAUUUCUCUAGCGUCUAUGCAUUGCCAACAGUCACAGGAAGGCAUUCAGAUCUGAGAUAUAUCACUGCAGAUACUGUGGUAGCACUGCUCCACAAUCAAUUUCAAAGCCUUGUAGAGAAGUUCUACAUUAUUGACUGCCGCUAUCCCUAUGAAUAUCAUGGGGGCCACAUCAAGGGGGCCUUGAAUAUUCACAGACAAGUUGACUUAUUUGAACAUUUCCUGAGGAAGCCUCUGCUUCCAUCAUCACCUCAGAAGCGCCUCUUCCUUGUAUUCCAUUGUGAAUUUUCUUCUGAAAGGGGUCCCAAAAUGUGUCGUUACCUGAGAGAGGAAGACCGAGCCAUGAAUGAAUAUCCUGCCCUGCACUACCCUGAACUUUAUGUCCUCCAAGGUGGCUACAAGGAGUUCUUUCUAGAAAACAAGGAGCUAUGUGAGCCACAGAGUUACUGUCCUAUGGAUCACCAGGAUUUCAAGGCAGAGAUGGCCAAGUUCCAUGUUAAAAGCAAGACCUGGGCAGGGGAAAGGAGGCGCAGAGAUCACAUUGUUCGUCUCAUGAAGCUAUGAGUUCAGGGUCAGUAGCCAGGAGGGGACGGCCUCCAAGAGAGUUCCUUGGCCAAAGGAAAAGCUGCAGCAUCUGUAAAAUGUGCUGAAAGACUAAGAAAGUUGCUUCUCAGGACUAAGCUGCCCUGGCAGUGGUUACAAUGAGGAGAGCUCAGAAAUGCUGAGACCCCUGGUUUGAAAGCGUUGUGGCCAAGUGCGGACAUUCCUAAUGGAACACCCUCAAUAGAAGUGGCAAUGGCCCCUAUGAGAAGCAAUGCCUAGACUCUCUCCUAAAUCAGCAGGCUGAGCUGCCCUGUAAUCCAGACUUUAAGCUAGUUUUCAGAGGGAGACUUAAUUCCUUUUAAAUAUUAAAAGUUUUUGCCCAGUGAGCACCUUAUUUCAAUGGAAGAAUAAACUGUUAUGGAAGAUUAUCAAAUGUUGAACCCUGUAUCCAGUCUUGUAUGCAUAUGUAAGUAAUAGCCUGUAGUAGCUGAAAAAUUAAACACUCAUAUGGAAUGGUACCAUCCAGGUGAGAAGAAAAAGCAUGAGGGAGUCAUUUCAUACUUGUUUUCUUUUAAGGGGGUAUCUUCUUCUUCUUCUGAAUAUCUUAGCGAUGAGUGAUUUGGUAUAGAAAAGUAUAAUAAGCUACUAUGGCCCAUACCUUUGCAUCUUGAAAAUUUGCCAUUCCAGGUGAAUCAUUUCUUUUUGGCAAUUAUGAAAAAAAAUGUUUUUUAAUGAUAGCAUACACGAGCA